AACUCUAACCCUAAAAUGGGGUCAUUUGACAUCAUUGAUUCGAUUCUCAUUCAAAAGGUGGAUCCUGUUACCGGUACGAUAGCUGCAGGUUGCCUCUUCCCACUCUGCUUUCAAAGAAGGGAAUGGUAUGUGAAGCAGCCCUUUGACCCAAGAUGCAUGCACCCCAGCAACCACCCAUGGCGGCGAGUCGACCGCCGCAGGAAUCUCACGCAAAUCAGAUCACUGCAACAAAAGGGUUCCCGCAGGGUCUCAUCCAAGCGAUUUCUCACUACAUCAACACCAUUCCACUUCGGAUUUGGGUGAUUGACAACAGUGCGUCCAUGCAAGUGGCAGAUGGUCACAAAAUCGUUGGUUCAACCUUUCAGAAUUUUACCACCACCGACUGUUCCCGUUGGGAUGAAGCACAAGAAGAAGUGGCUUUCCAUGCCUACAUGUCCGGAUGCUUGGGUGUUCCUACAAGAUUUAAUUUAGUCAACACACCAGUAUCCAAAUCAGGGGUCCAGCUAAAUCGGUCUUUCUCCAUUUUCGAAAAUGGUCCCGCAAGGGUGCAGCAAGAUUUGCAGACAGCUGGAAACGUCAUGGGACAGAUACUGCCGAUUGGUCCAGCCACUCCCUUGGCUUAUCAUAUUCGACAGAUUCAGGCCAUGGUAUCCCAAAUGGCGCCAAAACUAGUGAGUGAAGGAAAGGCUGUCAGCGUCAUUCUGGCAACGUCAGGUGUCCCAACCGACAACCAUGGAAACCACGGGCCUGCUGUAGUACAAGAUUUCGUUCAAGCUCUGCGAUCCUUGGAGGGUCUACCAAUUUUGAUUGUGGUGAGACUAUGCACUGAUGAUGAGACGGUGGUUGACUUUUAUAACACAUUGGAUGCCAUGAGCACAAACUUGUCCUACGACGUGGUGGAUGAUUUCUUUGGCGAGGCUAUCGAAGUUUACCUCAAAAACCCUUGGUUGAAUUAUGGAAUGCCGUUGCACCGAUUUCGACAAUUUGGAUUCAACAUCCCAGUCUUUGAUGAAAUUGAUGAAAGGGCCCUGUCCUUCCCAGAAUUGCGCCAGUUUUGUGCGUUUUUCUUUCCAAUGCAACAACCAUGGCCAGAUCCAGCCGCUCAGUGGCCAUCGUUUUUGAGAGCUCUUGCCAUGGUGUUAGCCCGAGAAAAGAUGCAUUUCAAUCCCGUCACAAAGAGUCUCGGCCCAUGGAUUGACCUCAGGCGAUUGCACUUUGUUUACGCACGGAAUACACCUUUCCCGCCUGACAUUCAAGUUCCAUUGGCAUUCCAGCAACGUCCGCAUCAGCAACCUUUUCAAGGAUACCCUCCCCAGCAGCAGUCGGCACGGUCGCAGCCACAGCAACCAGGUUCGUUUCAGCAACCCAGACAACAACAACCCAUGCCACAGCAGCAACAUGCUCCACCGCCUCCACAACAACAACAGCAACAACCGCCUCCCCCGCAAUCCUCUGCUCCUCCUGGCGCUGCAGUUUCUGCAAGCAAAUAUACGCAAGCUUCUGGUGACGAGGGCAUGGCACAGAUCAAGAGAGGCAUCUUGCAGUGGGCGACAGCGCCGCCUGCGCACCAGAACUUGAGAUCUAUUGAUCAGCUUCUGAGCUGCUUUCCACAAACCUUUCCGCCAGCGUUUGGGUUGACGGACCAUGCCUAUUUCAAAAAGUGGAAGUCAUUUUCCCCUGAUGCUCUUUCGGGCAGAGAUGAAGCUGUGUUGAAGAGAGCUGUGAGGAAGACAAAAUUUUUCCUGCACCCAGACAAACUGCCAAAGGAUUUGACUAAAGAACAAACUUUCCUGUGCAAGAUGCUGUGGGAUAUUGUGGCGGAUUCCUGGGAGGCCUUUGGUCCUUCUUCAUAGCCAGCUAGCAACAGCGCAAAACUGUUCUGAUUACAUGGUAUAUAGUACUAUUAGCAUCCAGAAAUAUUGGAGAGGUCACUUGCUAGCUAGCCACCAGUAGCCACCUUUGUGGUGGCAAAAGCCUCAUAAAUGUAGUGUUUGUCCACAUCAACAUCGGCCA